GUCCUGCCUCCUUCACCCUGGAAGCCGUUGACGUCACAGCAACCGGAAGAGCCGUUACCUGGCCGGUGCAGGGGGUCUGCGGAGGGCGCGAUGCUCUGCAGAGGACUGGGAGCCGCAGUCGGUAGUGAGAGGCCGCCUGCUGUGAUGGGGAAGGGGUAACAGGGAGGGGGGUGCAGCCUGCGGUGCGGCGGGUGAGGGGUUAACGGAAGCGGCUGACAGCUCGCGGCAUGAAUAUGUAUAGGGGGGGAUGAUCACGUGUCCCGCCCGUCACCCGCCCCCCUCACACCCUGCAUCAUCCUCUGCAGAGCCGGCACUGAACCCAGAGCCGCCGAGCGGUCGUGGGAAGUGAUUGAGAAGCGUCAGAAGAUCCGCGGGGCCCCUUCCGCCCCCCACCCUACAAGGAGCCGCUCUACAUGCCCCUGCAGCUGCCGACCAUGAAUUUCCGCAGUCACCGGCUUCUACGCCGCUCACCGCCCCCACCCCCGACUCUCUCCACUAAACCCGCGGCGGUGGGCGGAGCCUCCAGCCUGGGCAGCAUAGCGCAGAUCAGCCCAUGCCUCUACCUCUCCAGCGGGAAUGCGGCGGGCAGCCGCCACCUAGUCUACGCCCGCAACGUCACCUGCAUCGUCAACGCCACCCUGGAGAUCCCCAACUCCAACUGGCCGGAUGUAGACUAUGUCAAAGUGCCCGUGCCCGACUUACCGCACGCCCCCCUCGCCCUUUACUUUGAUUCCGUGGCCGACCGCAUCCACCAGAACGGGAAAAGGAACGGCAGGACACUGGUCCACUGUGUGGCGGGGGUCAGCCGCUCGGCCACGCUCUGCAUCGCCUACCUGAUGAAGUACCACCGCCUGUCCUUGCUGGACGCCCACCAGUGGGUGAAGACCAGGAGACCGGUGGUCCGGCCCAACGCCGGCUUCUGGCAGCAGCUGAUUCAGUACGAGAAGAAGCUCUUCGGCAAAAACACGGUGAGGCUGGUGCCGUCCCCGCUCGGACUCAUCCCAGACAUAUACGAGAGGGAGACCCGCAACCUGAUCCCCGUCUGGGGCUUCAGAUAAAGACACUGCAAGGGUUAAAGGACAAUCGCUGGCGCUACAACGUAUCCGGCCCCCCAAGACACAGUGGACACUUUGAAACCCCUCCCCCUUAAAGGGCCACUCCAGUCUUCUGUACGUAAAGUUCUGGCACUUUCUGAUAGACUUAUCAAGAUCUCUGUUUGUGGUCAGUGAACGGAAACAUUGUUACAGUGAAUGUUCGGAGACAAUUGUGAGAAGUAUUGGGUGUAAAGCAUGGCCAGCGAGAUGAAGUCGGCGCCUGCCGUAGAUCUGCGCCACUUUCACGUUCUUAAUAAAUUUGGCUUAAAACCAUAUCCCCUUGUGGGGGGGGCGCACACCCCCUCUUCAGAUUUGCUGGUCCCGAAUUCAGUAGAUUCCACCCAAAACUGGUCUAAACAGCUUAGUAAACGUGGGCCAGUGUUUCCGUUCACUGACAGCAAGCAUGGAGUGACUGGAAUCUGCGCGCCACCAGAUACAGUAGAUGUUAUUGUAUGAAGGGCGGUGCGCGCGUCCGCUUACUGGCACAGAUUGCGGGGCGCAGCCCCUUCCCUAUAGCAACCUUAUUUUCGGGGCGAUAGUGUAUAUUUCUAAAUAAAGUAAUUUUA